AUGACAACACCAGACACACUCCACACUGGCGGCUGCCAUUGCGACGCCAUCAGAUUUGAAGUUUUGGCACCAAAGAGUCUUGUUGUGUACAACUGCAAUUGUUCCAUUUGUCACAAAAAGCAAAACAAGCACUUCGUUGUUCCUAAAUCAAAGUUCACUCUCAUAAAGGGCGAAGACAAUUUGACCACAUACACAUUUAAUACACACCAGGCGAAGCACACCUUCUGUAGAACGUGUGGGGUGCAAUGCUUCUACACACCGAGGUCUAAUCCAGAUGGAUACGGUGUCGCUCCACACUGUCUGGAUCCUGGAACUGUAGAACAUGUCACGGUGGAAAACUUUGAUGGUCAGAACUGGGAACAACAGAUCGAGACCUCAGAUAUUAGGUCAAGGUCAAAAGAAUGA